AUGGGCCGUGGGGCUGGCCGCGAGUACUCACCUGCAGCCACUACUGCGGAAAAUGGGGGCGGCAAGAAAAAACAGAAAGAGAAGGAGCUGGAUGAGCUGAAGAAGGAGGUGACCAUGGACGACCACAAGCUGUCCUUGGAUGAGCUGGGCCGCAAGUACCAAGUGGAUCUGUCCAAGGGCCUCACCAACCAGCGGGCCCAGGACAUUCUGGCUCGGGAUGGACCCAAUGCCCUCACCCCACCCCCAACCACCCCUGAGUGGGUCAAGUUCUGUCGCCAGCUUUUCGGGGGCUUCUCCAUCCUGCUGUGGAUUGGGGCCAUCCUCUGUUUCCUGGCCUACGGCAUCCAGGCUGCCAUGGAGGAUGAACCAUCCAAUGACAAUCUGUAUCUGGGCGUGGUGCUGGCAGCUGUGGUCAUCGUCACUGGCUGCUUCUCCUACUACCAGGAGGCCAAGAGCUCCAAGAUCAUGGAUUCCUUCAAGAACAUGGUGCCUCAGCAAGCCCUCGUGGUGCGGGAAGGAGAGAAGAUGCAGAUCAAUGCGGAGGAGGUGGUGGUGGGAGACCUGUUGGAGGUGAAGGGUGGAGACCGAGUGCCUGCCGACCUCCGGAUCAUCUCUUCUCAUGGCUGUAAGGUGGAUAACUCAUCCCUAACAGGCGAGUCGGAGCCCCAGACCCGCUCCCCCGAGUUCACCCACGAGAACCCCCUGGAGACCCGCAAUAUCUGUUUCUUCUCUACCAACUGCGUGGAAGGCACUGCCAGGGGCAUCGUGAUUGCCACAGGUGACCGGACGGUGAUGGGCCGCAUAGCCACUCUGGCCUCAGGCCUGGAGGUCGGGCGGACACCUAUAGCCGUGGAGAUUGAGCAUUUCAUCCAGCUGAUCACAGGAGUGGCUGUGUUCCUGGGGGUAUCCUUCUUCGUGCUGUCCCUCAUCCUGGGCUACAGCUGGCUGGAGGCAGUCAUCUUCCUCAUCGGCAUCAUUGUGGCCAAUGUGCCUGAGGGGCUGCUGGCCACUGUCACUGUGUGUCUGACCCUGACAGCCAAGCGCAUGGCUCGGAAGAACUGCCUGGUGAAGAACCUGGAGGCGGUGGAGACGCUGGGCUCCACCUCCACCAUCUGCUCCGACAAGACGGGCACCCUCACCCAGAACCGCAUGACCGUCGCCCACAUGUGGUUUGACAACCAGAUCCAUGAGGCCGACACCACAGAAGAUCAGUCUGGGGCCACUUUCGACAAACGAUCCCCCACGUGGACCGCCCUGUCCCGGAUUGCUGGUCUCUGCAACCGUGCUGUCUUCAAGGCAGGGCAGGAGAACAUCUCUGUGUCUAAGCGGGACACAGCUGGUGAUGCCUCCGAGUCAGCUCUGCUCAAGUGCAUUGAGCUGUCCUGCGGCUCCGUGAGGAAGAUGAGGGAUAGAAACCCCAAGGUGGCGGAGAUCCCUUUCAACUCAACCAAUAAGUACCAGCUGUCCAUCCACGAGAGAGAAGACAGCCCCCAGAGCUACGUGCUGGUGAUGAAGGGGGCCCCCGAGCGCAUCCUGGACCGGUGCUCCUCCAUCUUGGUGCAGGGCAAGGAGGUCCCUCUAGACAAGGAGAUGCAAGACGCCUUCCAGAAUGCCUACCUGGAGCUGGGAGGACUGGGGGAGCGAGUGCUAGGCUUCUGUCAACUGAAUCUGCCCUCUGGAAAGUUUCCUCGGGGCUUCAAAUUCGACACAGAUGAGCUGAACUUUCCCACGGAGAAGCUCUGCUUCGUGGGGCUCAUGUCCAUGAUUGACCCUCCACGGGCUGCCGUACCGGACGCUGUGGGCAAGUGCCGGAGUGCAGGCAUCAAGGUGAUCAUGGUGACCGGGGACCACCCUAUCACAGCCAAGGCCAUUGCCAAAGGUGUGGGUAUCAUAUCAGAGGGCAACGAGACGGUGGAGGACAUUGCAGCCCGGCUCAACAUUCCUGUCAGCCAGGUCAACCCCAGAGAGGCCAAGGCGUGUGUGGUGCAUGGCUCUGACCUGAAGGACAUGACGUCAGAGCAUCUGGACGAGAUCCUCAAGAACCAUACGGAGAUUGUCUUUGCCCGGACGUCUCCUCAGCAGAAGCUCAUCAUCGUGGAGGGCUGUCAGAGGCAGGGAGCCAUUGUGGCGGUGACAGGGGACGGGGUGAACGACUCCCCCGCGCUGAAGAAGGCGGACAUCGGCAUUGCCAUGGGCAUCGCUGGCUCUGACGUGUCUAAGCAGGCAGCCGACAUGAUCCUGCUGGACGACAACUUUGCCUCCAUCGUCACGGGUGUGGAGGAGGGCCGCCUGAUCUUUGACAACCUGAAGAAAUCCAUCGCCUACACUCUGACCAGCAACAUCCCCGAGAUCACCCCCUUCCUGCUGUUCAUCAUCGCCAACAUCCCCCUGCCUCUGGGCACUGUGACCAUCCUCUGCAUUGACUUGGGCACUGACAUGGUCCCUGCCAUCUCCUUGGCCUAUGAGGCAGCUGAGAGUGACAUCAUGAAGCGACAGCCGAGAAACCCGCAGACAGACAAGCUGGUGAACGAGAGGCUCAUCAGCAUGGCUUAUGGACAGAUCGGGAUGAUCCAGGCGCUGGGUGGCUUCUUCACCUACUUCGUGAUCCUGGCAGAGAAUGGUUUUCUGCCUUCACGGCUGCUGGGAAUCCGCCUCGACUGGGACGACCGGUCCAUGAAUGACCUGGAGGACAGCUACGGACAGGAGUGGACCUAUGAGCAACGGAAGGUGGUGGAGUUCACGUGCCACACGGCCUUCUUUGCCAGCAUUGUGGUUGUGCAGUGGGCUGACCUCAUCAUCUGCAAGACCCGCCGCAACUCAGUCUUCCAGCAGGGCAUGAAGAACAAGAUUCUGAUUUUUGGGCUCCUGGAGGAGACGGCACUGGCGGCCUUUCUGUCUUACUGCCCGGGCAUGGGUGUGGCCCUGCGCAUGUACCCGCUCAAGGUCACCUGGUGGUUCUGUGCCUUCCCCUACAGUCUCCUCAUCUUCAUCUACGAUGAGGUCCGAAAGCUGAUUCUGCGGCGAUAUCCAGGUGGCUGGGUGGAGAAGGAGACGUACUACUGA